UGGAGCCGAGCAAAAAGAAAGCGAGGCUGGGAGAAGAAAGCGAAAUAGAGGCAGCACGGAGGACUCAACAUUCGACUCCGGAGAAACCCGAACUGGUCUGUGUAAGGAGGACAUGAUUUUAUACUAUCUUACGUUGAAGAUGAUGAUGAGUACUGUCCAACUAUGGUGGAUCCAAGGACCAAAGCUUGGAGUUAUGGUGGAAUGUGCGCUAACAAAACUAGGUCAGCAUUUUCUAAAGAAGGUGGUGACAUCUGGAGACCCCUCGACCACAAAAAACUUGAUCCGGAGAUUCGUGCAAAGUUCAGCUAAAUCAGUGUCUCUCAGCACUCUUUGCCAUCUCCUCUCUCCUUCUACAGUUCAACCCCAUCUCUCCUCAGUUGCCUUCCCGCUUUAUGCAAGAAUUGCGGAAGCACCUUGGUACAGUUGGAACCCUAAGAUUGUAGAUGAGCUUGCUACUUUGCUGGAUAAACAGGAACAAUAUUCAGCCUGGGAAACUCUAAUUUCGGGAGCCACUUCCAAAUUAGAGUCUGGCUCUCGAAAUCUGGCUCUUUUCUAUUGUAAAUUGUUGGAUUGUAACUCCAAGCAAAAUUCAGAAAGAGGGUUUGAGAUUGCUUACUCGUACCUAAGCCAGCUUCUUCAUAGUUCAUCAUCCUUUACUUACAUAAAACGUCGUGUUUAUGAGUAUAUGGUCAGUGGUUUAUGUUCAAUGGAUAGGCCUUGUGAGGCAGAGAAUUUGGUUGGGAAUAUGAGAAUCAAAGCACUUGAACCUUCAGCGUUUGAAUUCAAGUCUAUCAUGUGUGGUUAUGGGAGAUUGGGAUUAUUCCAAGACUUGGAGAGACUUUUGGUUCAAAUGGAAAAAGAAGGGUUUGUCAUUUAUACAGUUUGUUCAAACAUGGUUCUCUCAGCGUACGGAAUGCACGGUGAGCUAACAAAGAUGGUUUCAUGGCUUCAAAGGAUGAGGAAUUCAUCGAUUCCGUUCUCAAAAAGGACGUAUGAUUCUGUUUUGAAUUCAUGUCCUGUUCUCAUGAGAAAAUUGGUGGACUUAAAUGGCUUCCCAUUGUCAAUUGAAGAGUUGAAUGCUAGUUUGGAAGGAGCUGAAGCUAUAGUGAUUCAAGAGCUAAUCGAGUCAACCGAGAUUCUAGAAGAGGUCAUGGUUUGGGACUCUAAGCAGGCAAAGCUGGAUUUACAUGGACUGCAUUUGGGUUCAUCCUAUCUGAUUAUGUUACUUUGGUUGCAAUAAAUGCGACGAAGGCUGAACGAUUCAACUUACGCGAUUCCUGCAGAAAUUGUCGUGGUGUGUGGUUUAGGGAAGCAUAGCAAUCUCAGGGGACGAUCGCCUGUGAAAACGUUGGUGAAAGAGAUGAUGGUGAAGAUGAAAAGUCCUCUGAGAAUUGAUGAUAGGAAGAACAGUGGUUGUUUUGUUGCUAAAGGUAAAGCUAUGAGAGAUUGGUUGUGUUUGGGACACGAAUUAAACAAAUAGAAUAUGCAAGAUCAUAAUGGGGCCAUCGUUGCCUAACCGUUAGUUAACCAUGCUCGCUCCUA